AUGUCUCGCUGGAUCUGCAACUUCCUUCCAAGCAACGCAACUCAUGAGGAGUUCAGAGAAGCAAUUCGGGCAGCUAUAGUUUCUGCAGAUGCUAUUAUCUGUUGUGACUCACAAAGAUUCAUCAAAUCUCUUUUACAGUGGAACGUUCCAGUGAUGGAUCUGUACGACAUGUUUAUUGACCCCAAAAUUCUCGCAUGGCAACUAGGUGAAAACCUGGAGCAAUUGAUUGGAAAAGCGAAAGAAGAAGCUAAAGGGAAAGAUGUCCUGGAAAUUAAGUCUAAAGGAAGUGCUCAUCUUCGGUCUGUUCACACCAGCCUCAACCUCUGUAAUGAUGUUCAUGCGGCCUUGGUCGCAAGGGCGAAUGGACCCCUUCGUGAUGUAUUCAGGGUCAACAUGAGACUUCUUCCUGUUCUCGCGCAAAUGGAGAUUGCUGGCGUUCGGGUUGACAUGGACUUACUAAUGUCGAAACGGGACUACUUGGAGAAACGGAUGGAGCAUCUUACGUCAAUUGGUGAAAAGUUGGUUGGCCGUCGGAUCAACUUGGCUAGUCCAAAGCAAGUGGCUCAAGCCUUGUAUGAGGACUUGAAGUUGCCAGUAGGAGCAGUGAAGAGUGUUGGUAUGGCCAAGAAGCGAGAGGCACAGACCCACUCGACUACAAAUGAGGCAACACUAAGUCAACUCGCUUCAUUUCAUCAGUUCCCCAGUAUCGUUUUAGAGUUCAGGCAACUCAUGAAGGUCAAAUCACUUCCCAAGUAUGAGGGCUUUUAUCAAUCAAACUAUAAGCAGAGCCCGGCGGGAUGGAUAUGUCACAACCAUGUGGGGCCACCGCAGGCUACUUCCAGACAUACACGAGCGGAAUCCAGAGAGGAGGGCUCAAGCAGAAAGGCAGGCAGUGAAUACUAUUAUACAAGGCUCGGCAGCAGACCUGAUGAAGUUGGCCAUGCUGGAUGCCAGCAAGCUUGUACAGGGAAACAACAGUAUCCAAAUCGUGAUGCAGAACAGACUCACGACGAGCCACCCACCAUGGGCUGCAAACGAUUCUCACUCGUUCAUCCUGAGGAAUUGGCAACAAUGAAGCGAGCGCGGAAGGAGAAAGCCACUUCUCCUGCACUCACCCCUCCUUCAUUCGAAAACCUUCCAGAUGAACUCCUCGCGACCAUUCUCUCCAUGGUCGCCGCACGCGCCUCAACUCCCCAAGACUUCCUCUCCUGUCGCCUCGCUUCCUCCCACCUUCGCCGCAUCUCACUCCUCCCAGAAAUCCUCGCCGUUUUACCACCUCCCGCUCUCGCUUGCCCGGCGAAAAACUACACGCUCGCCUAUCGCUCGUUUCUGUCGGCAUGCGCAGCGGCGGGAAACGCGGAGGCUGCAUUUCUCUUCGGUAUGGUCGAGUUUUACUGCUUGGAGCGGGUAGCUAGCGGCAUGAAGCGGCUUGUGCAAGCGGCAAAGGCGGGCCACGCAGCCGCGUUACACAGCUUGUCAAUCAUCCAUUUCAACGGUAGCGGAUUGCCUACAAGCGGAGUUGAGGGAGGCGGCGCAGCGGAGGGAGGUGGUGCAGCGGGGGGAGGUGGCGCAGCAGGGGGGGGUGUCGCAGCGGAGGGGGACUCUGGAAGGGGGAAGAUGCGGGGAAACCGGAAGGUCGGAAUGGGGAUGUUGCUGUGUGUGGCGGCGGCUAAGGCGGGACAUCCGGAUGCGCUGCGGGAAUUAGGGUUGUGUCUGCAGGAUGGUUUUGGAAUCAAACGGAGCGUCGCCCAGGGGAGGCUGCUUCUGGUCGAGGCGAACCUGCGGGAGCUGGCUAAUAGCGGGGAUAGCUUGGCGUCAGCACUAGGUGGGUGCGUCGCGCACUGUCGUCAUGUCUCACGAUCCAAGGUACCCUUACGGUUAUCCACCACCAGCCGGCUACCCACCGGCACCGUACCCUCCCGCGCCCGGCUAUCCACCACCUCCUGCCGGCUACCCGCCGCCUCCUGCCGGUUAUCCGCCACCACCGGGCUACUACCCGCCGCCGCCGGCAGGCUACCACCACCCGCCACCCCCGCACUACCCACCACCCCCGCACUACCACCGUGA